AUGGGUGUCUCGAUACCUUUCUCUGGUCUCUCAGCCUCGUUGUCUGACUCGGAUAAUGUCAAUUUCGGUGACAAGGACUCCAUCAGGCGGCGUGCCCUCAUGGCCCUCGAGGGCAAGUCAGACGUCGGCACCUUUUCGAAGGUUCAGAUACCAGACUUCGACUCUCCUACACUGGUGAAGAAGCCGUUCGAAUUUCGUCCCGGCCAUGGCUUUGGCCUCAACACUAUCGCUGGCAAACGGGAUUCGUUCGGCAAGUCUAUGCGUUCUUCCUCGGCCUUGAAAGAGCAAUACCAGCUGGGCACUCUGGUGGAAGAGGAGGAAGAUCAGGAACAGGUCGAGGAUGAGACCGACUUCCCAUCGUCCGUCGUCGAUUCGCCGGCCUCGGUUGAGGUUUCCACUCCCUCGGGCGCCCCCAUCCGGCAUCGCCCUGCGAGCCUCAACCUUCGUCCUUUGACCCUUGCGGGCGGUUUACCCACACCCUCGCUUUCCCCCAACCUUAACUCCGGAUCUCGACGUCCCAUGCUGAACAUCCACACCGACAGUCCUUCGCCCGCCAAGCUCGAUGACGUCAAGUCAAAGCGGCUCAGUAGGAUCUCCUACAAGCCCGCAUCCAUCGACACGCCGCCCACAGCUGCCAUUCAUGGUUUCGGACUUCCAACUCCUGAAAUGACGCCCACGAGUGAACACCGCUACUCUGCCAAUAGCGAUGUCAGCGAGCGCCCGCUGUCCACCAGCGAACAACAAUUCCUGCACAAGUCUCACCAUGCACUUCUGGCCCGCAUCGAAGAUUUGGAGCGCGCUCUUUCUUCUUCGCGCUCGGAGUCUCGUGGGCGCAGCCGUCCAGCAUCUUUCAUGUCUGAUAUAUCAUCACGCUCCCAUAUCACGGACAGUAACGACGAGAUGAUCCAGCUCGUUACAGAUCUCAAGGCUGAGAGAGAUGAGCUCAAACUUCAGCUGGAGGCCGAUGCUGACGGCUGGCGCAGUCGGGUCGCUGGAUUGGAAAACCAGGUUGGCGUGCUCGCUAAGCGCGUCGAGCUAGAGCGCCGAGAGGCUUGGGUUGCCCGAGAACGUGCCGGCUUGCUCGACGUUGAGAAGAAGGCCUUGGCAAAGGACCUCGAGGUGCAGAAGGCGGCAUUCCAUGACUUGUCUAUCAAGCAUGAGUCGGUAAGGAAGGAACUGGAGGACGCGAAGGAGUUGACCGAAAGCCUCCGAGGCGAAAUCAUUUCUGCCCGUCACAUGACGGAGGAGUGUGUUCGUUUACGUGCCGCUCUGGAUGAGGAAAGGAAGAGGCGGGAGCAGUACGAGCGGGAGUUGGAUCACGCGGGUCUCCUCACUACGCCUACGCCAGGCGCUUUCCAAUUCCCUGCCAAGCCUCGCUCGUCAGGCUUGAGCAUGCUGCCUGCGGACUCGGACAGGUCUCUCACCGACGUCGACGAACCAAACCUGCAGCCGACGGCCGUCGCUGAUCCGGACGAGGAUGGCGAGGACGAAGAGCAUGUAUUGGCUCACUACGAGGAUGAAGACUCUGACCUCAGUUGCGGUAGCCUUCAUUCGUCAGUGUCUUCGUUCCAGGAUCAUUCAGAGCUCUCGUCUAGUGGCUUCCCCAAGACUCCGUCUCCUGUGUCUGUCCAGCCUCGUCCCUCGCACGCUUCGCGAGCUUCCCUAUCCCGGACUUGGACCUUCCCGAAGGGUCCUCGACAGACUGCUGUCAAGCGGGAAGAGGAGGUCGACACGUUCUUUGGAUACUCGGAGGAUCUGGACUCUUCUCCAGCCGCUGUUUGGUCCGGGGCCAACGAGGAAUUGAAUUCAGGCUUCUCAUUCGGCCUCAACCUUAACGAAGAGGACGAACUACCUCCUUUCAUUCUGCCUCUAGACGUAGGCAUCGAGGUUCCUCAGCCCUUGGACAUCAUCAUUGACGAUACGGAUACGGAUAACUUGGAAGGCCAGGUGCUCAAAGGCGGCAUCAAGUUCACUUUUACCGCGCCAACUGCACCCUCCACGCCGGAACCCGUCGAGCGCGCUCUGCUUGUAGAGCCUAAGCCGGAGUUCGAGGCUCGAGUUGUUGAGGCUGCGGAAGUUGCAGCAGCGCCUCCACCGCCAGCUGCGGGCCGAACUGGCUCCGCCGUCGUACGGCCGACAACUCCCCCGAGGGUACAUGCUGUCUCGGGGACUUCGAAACGAACGGCCCCGUCCUUCAUUCCUCAACCGAAGGGAAAGACAGUGACCCCCAUCAAAAGCGCGCCUCGUCGAAGUGUCGCUGGGGAGCGUAAAGUCAGCCCGGUCUUGUUCACGCCUCCGCGCUCUCCUUCAAACAGUCCUUCUGACCGUAGGACAUCGGUAUUCUCACCUCAAGCCAAAGCACCCUCGAGUACGCCGCCUCCUCUCUCCCAUCGCGCGCUCGAAGAUACAAAUGAUCCCACUAGAUACUCUGAUUCCAGUGAGACGCCCGGCUCCGCUCCGGUUCUGAGGUUCCCCUCCAUCCUCCACUCACCGGUAACGUCUGUUCCGCCUCAAGUGACGAAGAAUCCAGCUACAACGGCUCCAGUUGGCCCACGAUUCUCUAUCCAAACGUUCACCUCUUACUUUCCCAACCUUUCGUGGAACCCCCUCGCAAGCGGGUCUGGCACAUCCGCUCAAGAGACAAAAGUGGGUCCUGCUGCUUCGGUUCCAGCACCGAAUCCGUCUACGUCUCCUGGAGAGGCUGUGCAUGGGUUUCGCCAUCUCGCUAAUGAUCCUGAGCGUAUGCCGAGAUUUGUCGUCAAGGCCAAACAGCUGGAAAAAUUGCGGUUACGUAUGGAAGAAGAGCGCAUGCGACAAGACGCCGUCUUCAUGGGUGACUGCCGUCGAUGCACUAGUCAAUAUCUCUCGGUUUGA